AUGAGAAUAUUACCAACAACAUUACGAAUAAGCAGUAACAGAAUCAUACCACGAUAUAUACACGCGUACACAACACAGGUUAAAAUCAAAAAAGCAUUGUUUCAUAAAUCGGAAGGACCCAUAAUAAUUCAAAGCUAUUCUAAAAGCCCUAUGGCUGAAGGAAACCCUUCUGGGAGCAGCAAGGUGUUGGAUGGUAUUGACUUUGACGAUUCGUUUGGAGAUGACGAAAGCAGCAAGGGGACUACUUCAGCCGAUGCAAAACAUGAGCAGGAAGACUUUGAUGAUGAAGAUAUAGAUGCCAUUGCAAUGAACUACGUCCCCGAGCCAAUUGUACCUCAAAAGGAAGUUGAGAAAGACGCGAUCGAAUUUGAUAUAAGCGACUCAUUUGCAUUUACCGACAGUCUACCGACACUGCGAAGGACCCAACCGGGUGUUACAAAGCAAGAGGUUGUUGUGGUGAAUUCUCAAACACAUGGAACAGAUCAGGUGGCAGAGGAGAUACAAGCAUCAUUUGAAUUUAGCGAUACUACCCAACUCGCCAGUUUAUUACAAUAUCAAGCAAGCAGUGAAUACCAAGUAGAAGAAGGAAACAAUGUACAAGAAGUGGUCAAAGAGGAGCCUGAGAAUUUUGAAAUAGACAGCUUUACUGAAAGUCCAUCCAACAGUGACGCAUUUGAGUUUAGUGAGAACGAUGACGAGGUAUUGGCCAUGUUAGACGAUGCUGAGUUGCCAUCACAAUCACCAAAGAAGGAAUCCCCUCCACUUGCUACACAAACAUCAUCUAUUAAACGACUGGCUCCUUCAACCCAACUGCCUCCGGAGCUCAAGAGGAGUAGUAUACUGUACUCUCAAACGCAAGCAGUGAAAGCUCCAUCUAGAAGUGGAGUCUGCAAAUUCAUAAUAACAUCAUCUCCACCAAAAGUUUCUCCUUCACAGAUAUCACAAAAUAAAUCUUCACAACCAAAAAGCUCCCCUGUAAAUGAUUCCAUGGUUAUCCCUCCACACACGAUUGAACACAAUUCCCCACAGGACAUAUUUGCUCGACCAUCAUCUAAGCUUACCUCACUUGCAUAUAAUGACGAUAGACCUACAAGACCAUUGACUCGCAAUUACUCAACUGUACCACAAUUGGAACAGCCAAGCAAGACUCCUGUGGAUCACCACACCAUUCUUCUAGCGACUCAGAGACCAUCUGUAGGAAAGAGCAAAUCUCCAGAAGCUGGGCAAUCAGUGAAAGUUGUUCAGCCAAUCAUCUUAUCCAAAGAGCAAGAGAUUGUACUUCAAAAAGUUCUUCAAGGAGUUUCUUUAUUCUAUACAGGGUCUGCGGGAACAGGGAAAUCAGUUUUGCUUCGAUCUAUUAUCAAAGCAUUGAGGCGAAAGUACCCCACUGGAGUUGCAGUCACCGCAUCGACUGGCUUAGCUGCUUGUAAUAUUGGUGGUAUCACAUUGCAUAGUUUUGGUGCCAUAGGCUUGGGAACAGGUACUGUUGAUAACUUAAUCAAAAAAAUAAAACGAAAUAAGAAAGCCCAUGGGAGAUGGAGAGAUACAAAAGUCUUGAUUAUUGAUGAAGUAUCAAUGGUUGAUGGUGAGUUGUUAGACAAAUUGAAUGAAAUAUCCAAAAGAUUGAGAAAGAACAAUGCACCAUUUGGUGGAAUCCAGUUGGUGGCUUGUGGAGAUUUUUAUCAGCUUCCUCCCGUCAUGAAGAAAAUUAGCGCUGAAGGAGAUACAAGAGAUGACGUUGAAGCGUUCUUCUCCUUUGAAAGCUUGGCUUGGAAUGAAACAAUUCAAGAGACAAUCAUUUUAAAGGAAGUUUUUAGACAAAAGGGAGAUCAAGUUUUUAUCAACAUGUUAAAUGAAAUGAGAGACGGACGAAUCUCUGAAAGCACAAUUCAAGAGUUUAGAAGAUUGUCCAGACCAUUGGAAUGUCCUGCUGGCAUCCUGCCGGCUGAACUAUUUGCCACAAGAAACGAGGUGGAAAGAGCUAAUAAGCGUCGUUUGAACGCUUUACCCGGUGAAGCUGUCAGCUAUCGUGCAAUAGAUUCUGGAUCACUACAGGAGCCACAAAAAUCCGCAUUACUUCUGAACUUUUUGGCUCCGCAAGAUCUUCUCUUGAAAAAGGAUGCCCAGGUAAUGUGUGUCAAAAACUUUGAUGAGACACUCGUUAAUGGUUCUUUAGGUACUGUUGUUGAUUUUGUUGACAAGGACACUUACAUGAAGACAUUUAAAGAUGGUGAUCAUUUAGAUGACGAGGGGAAAUUAAAGGAUUUCAUAUUUAAUGAUCCAGAUUCAAGCAUAGGUUUAACAACGGGAACUUUAACCCAAAAGGUGAUGACACACGACGGUAAACAAAUGGAUGACAGGAAAUCCGAAUUGAACAAAGACUUAUUGGGUGAUUUCAAAAAUAAAAAGUUUCCGUUGGUGAAAUUUCUAUCCCCCGAUGGAGUCAAUAGUAGGACAGUGCUUGUUGAGCCUGAACAAUGGACUAUAGAGGAUGAGGAUGGACGUGCUCUUGUGUCUCGCGUGCAAUUCCCACUAAUGUUGGCGUGGUCCUUGUCCAUACAUAAAUCACAAGGGCAAACUUUGUCUCGUGUCAAGGUGGAUUUGAAGAGUGUUUUUGAAACAGGUCAAUCUUAUGUUGCAUUGUCUAGAGCAACUUCACGAGAUGGUCUCCAGGUCCUAAACUUUAAUGAACACAAAGUACGAUCGCAUCCGAAGGUGGUUGAGUUUUACAAAUCAUUGGUUGACAUCAGCAAGGCACCGACCGGACAACAGAAACUAAACUUCACACCCAACCAAAAAUAG